AAAAAAUUAACACUUUUACAUUUCCACGAUACUGUGUAUAAAUGAUUUUCACAGUUUUGAGUGUUAAUGUACUUAAAAUUGUUAACAAACUAAUUCCCAUGCACUUCAUCGUGAAUGAAAUACAAGAAGAAAAAAAGCCAGGCAUUGCUUCUUCUGCAGCCACUUAUUCGAUUCUGUCUUAUCCCUGUCUCAGAUAGUGUCACCAUAUAUUUGCAUGGUCUUUAAAUUGUUGUUUUUGCUAAUUUUGUUAUUAAAACAGGCAACAACAGAGAGACCUUUUAUACAAAAGCUGUUUCGACCAAUUGCUUCUGGAGGACAAUUGCACACUCUGGGAGAUCUUCUAAAAGAUGUGUGUCCUAGUGCUAUCACCCCUGAAGAUGGAGAGAAGACGACUCAAGUGAUGAUUCAUGGAAUUGAGCCAAUGCUGGAAACACCACUGCAGUGGCUAAGCGAACAUAUGAGCUAUCCAGAUAAUUUUCUUCACAUUAGUAUCAUUCCCCGACCUACCGAUUGAAACUUGGCUAUAUUGGUAUGAGGAUCAUUCUCAAGGUGGAAUUCUAGGGGCAUGUUAACUACUUGCUUGUAUCAGUCUUGAGACAGGCAGCCUGACCAGAAAAAAAGAAAAAAAAACAAAAAAUGAAACAAAA